AUGAAUGAAAAUAUAAAUAAGUGCUUAGAAGAUAAAAAUAAUGUCAAUCCGACACCUGGAACAAAUGAAAUAUUUUAUGAUGAUGAUUCAGAAAAGUUUUUAAUUAUUUCUUAUAGGCAAAAAUUAAAUCCUCUUAUAAAAAAAAUAAAUAGAGUUAGAUAUAAAUUUAAUAAUAUUAUUCCUGAUUUUUUAAUAGGAAAAAAUAAUGCUUGUCUAUUUAUAUCAAUGAAAUAUCAUCGAUUAAGAUCAAAUUACUUAAAAGCUAGAAUUGAAACAUUGUCAAAUAAAUACAAUAAUAGAAUCUUAUUAUGUUUAGUUGACAUUGAGAAUAUUGAUAAUUCAUUAGGAGAAAUAAAUCAACUAGCUUUCUGUUUAAAUAUGACUCUUAUAUUAUGUUGGUCAAAUGAAGAAUGUGCUAGAGUUAUAGAAGAUUUCAAAAUUUAUGAAAAAAAAAUCUCCUAUAUGAAAAAUAAAGUUUUCUCAAAACAAGAUGAAAAAAUACAUGAACUUUUAAAAAAAAUUAGAUGCAUUAAUUCAACCGAUUGCGUUACACUUAUUAAAAAAUUUAAAAAUUUUAAAAAUAUCAUAAAAGCUAAAAAAGACGAUUUGAUAAAUUGUUCAGGUUUAGGAAACAAAAAAAUUAAUGCAUUGAUAUCAACAUUUAAUGAUCCUUUUUUUUAA